GUUCAAGGGAAGCCGGCCAGAACGCCGUCUCGUUCUCUCUAUUAAUAGAUUAAAGCGUCUAUUCAGCUGUUGGUUCUCAGUGCAGAUGUGUACGGUGUCGCGAACGACCUGGGUCCGCGUUACUCCCGGCUUUUUUCCCGGAGGAAAAGCGGGCGAUAAAGAAAAAUGCGCGAGGGCAAAUUUUUGUAUUUUUACUUUUUUCUCGCGCCCACGCCCUUAUUCACUGCACCCCCCACAGUUCGAGUGCAUACUUGUGUAACGGUUUUCGAAAUCAAGUCGUCAAAUUUAAUAUAGUGAUGUUCAAUAAUGAUCAUGUACUCAAAUGUAAUCAGUGCGCCGACUAAGUAACUCGUCCGACUUAGCGUUCGCGCGUUUAUUCACGCUUUGAAAACAAAAUUGACAUUGAUGCUAUUUUCAAGUGAAUGCCGGAUUGUUUCGCGACUGGCGUCAUGCCAGUGGUUUAGGAACAGCUGACUGUAAACAAACAAAUUAGCAGAUCAGCGAGAGAAGUUUAAAAAUUUACAAUCAUUUCCUAAUACUAAAAAUAUGUGAAGUGUUGAGUGAUUUUCAAAAAAAUGGCGGGUGACGACGAAUCGAGUGAUAGUGACGGUCCUAUUAUAGACGACAACGUAAUACGUAUUCAACUUAAAAAAAACUCACAAAGAAAAUGGGAAUUGCGAACCCGUAAUCUCUCGCCGGGUAUACGAUUUCCAACAAUACAACUUUUUGAUUGCGACGGAAAUCUGCUCGUCGAGACGAAUGACGAAAAUGUGUCUAUCAAAAGUUUCGGUGAAAAUUCUUUGAAGUCUAGUCAGUCGUUACGGGAGAAAGACUUUCGGCACGUCAUCAACAGAAACACAAUCAGAAAGCACAAUUCGAUAGCCGGAGGAAAGGUCUACACCCGUGUAUACAGGACGCCUGUUUUGAUCAGUGAUAAUGACAAAAGUGAUAACAAUCGUUACAUCGUGCACGACAGUAACAGUAUCGCCAACAUUCCAAGUAAACUCGCUGUAAAUAACAACUUUUCUAAUUUGCAACCAAAUAGCCUUGACAACUCCCCAUUUCAGUCCGGAGCCCUUAGCGAAGUGAGCAGCUACAAAAGCUCCGACAACGAAACUUGCGACGAUUUAAAUCAAAUAUUCAAUUCGGUUAAAGAACAGUCGAGAGGAAUCGCAGAAAACAGUGCGCCAUCAGCGAGCAGUUUUAAUUAUUCAUCAGUAUCGUCUCUGAGCGAAGCCAAUGAAUCGGCAAAUGCAAAUUCGUUCAGUAAAGAAAAUGAAUGCAGUCUAGCGAUACACAAGUCGAAGUCCUUCAGCGAACACGCAUUCAGAGACGUUAAACAAAACGAGGUGCAAAGAUCAAAAUCGAGCAUUACGUACAAACCUCCUCGCAACAAGGUGUCUUUCUUGAAUACGUAUUUAAAAAGCGUACGCGCUCGAGUCACCCCGAAUACAAAUUGGUUUACUUUUCCCCGUAGUCGAACAAUCGAAUCCAAAAACUCUAGUGCGCAGCUGAAACGAUGUGGAUCCCCGAAAUCCAAUUCGCGGACAACGCAGCCGAUUUUCAAAAAAGGCGAAAGCGGCACUGAUUACGAAUUUAUAAAUAUUUCGACUGACGUCGCGGCGUACUGCGAAUUGAAAAAACGACUGAAAAUGUACAGACGUGGCGUAUCGGAAAUCGAAACAGGGCAAAGUGGGUUUAGUAAAAGGCGAAGGCAUUCUGUGGGUGGGAUGAUACGGAUCGCCCGCACUUCGUCCUCCGAGAGCGUGGAUGAAGCUGACUUGGUACUUAACCGUUUGAAGAGAAGGAUACUCAAGAAUAAGUUGAGGGAGAAAAGGCGGAGUUUCGGAGCCAAAUUUCAGUUCAAUCUAAUAACCUCCAAGACCGAUACUGAUAGCGGACCAUCGACCCGCAGGCGCGAUGAGGGUGAAGGGACUCACGUGAGUUCCCGCCUCGCCAUGGGCUCAAACAUCAGCCAGCACUCUUCUAAAGGGCUCAAAGGCAGGCGGGCGCGGUCCAGCGGUGAUCUCUGCAAUGGUGACAGCAAAAGCCAAACGGAAUCGUCGGUAUGCGGUUCCGUCGUCGGAGACGUUAUGGGCUGGAAUCGAUCUCUGCCCAACCAUCUGGAUGGAAACCGCCAUUUAGCAGAUUACAGUCGAGUCAACAAUAAUUACGGAGAUUUCGGGACGUACAACCGCGGACAUCCGAAGGGAGGACGUGGACUAAGAUAUAGGGUCAGCAAAUCUGGUUCUGAUGCUGAGCCAGUCUGGAAGCUUCAAGAUCCUGGCUUCGACCAGGGCUACGCCUCAGAACGAUCGCCUGAAGAUGACUACCUUCCGCCCAUCGCUCCUGCUGUCUCCCUUGAAGCUUAUGAGGCUGAACUGCGCGCAAUUUACCCUUUCAUCACCGAUGAGAACUCGUUCACGGUCGUGGUGGAAAAGGACGGACGUGGGCUGGGAAUGUCGGUGUGUGGCGGUGGAGGUCUAGUCAGGAUACGAAGGUUAUAUCCUCCUCAGCCCGCGUGGAGAACUGGUAGACUCGCUCCUCGAGAUCUGCUGCUGUCAGCCAACGGCGUACCAUUAGCUGGACUGAGUACUUACGAAGCCUUGGAAGUGCUACGUACGGCGGCGCAGCGCGUUGAGCUUCGGGUCUGCCGACCGCCUGCUGACGUGCUUGAAAGCGUCACGCCCCCCGAACCACCUACCCCGCCGGCGCGGACUCCUCACCCACCGCACCUGCCGCCACUGGACCCUCUCAACUGUCAUCCUAUGCACGCAAGGUUAUCUCAGACAACAAGCAGCGCCACAACUUCGUCAUCGGAAGGGAGGGGACGGCGCGAGGCUAGUCCGGAGCAACACCGGCGCGACCUCCGCCUGCCGGACCUCGAUCGACCCCUUCCUGUCUACGACAUACAGUACGGGGAGUUCGAUAUUGUUAUGACAAAAGUUAACGGUUCCCUCGGCUUUACGUUACGGAAGGAAGACCACAGCGCUCUAGGACAUUACGUCAGAGCUCUGGUGCGGGAGCCCGCACUUAGCGAUGGAAGGAUCCAACCCGGGGACCGGAUAAUAGCGGUGAACGACACGCCAAUGUCAAACAUGUCGCACGCGGAGGCCGUGGCCUUCCUGCGAGCGUGCGGCACUGACGUGCGACUCCGACUGUACCGCGACCACGCCGCCACGCCCUUAUCGCCAAUGUCGCCGAAAGAAGAUGGACCCACGGACUCAGACACGCCCUUGAAUAGACCUAAACCCCCACUAAGGCCUGAAGCGGUAACAAUGCUGUGCGACCUUGCCGCGCGUCGUCUGACUCCCGAUACCGCGGACGGCUCGCGGUCGCCGUGCCUGUCUCCAAGGAAAUUCAGAAAACUAACCAAGGACAACAACCAUUAUGAACAACCUAUAACCGCAGAUGCGCCGAGUGCCAACCUAAAGAUAGAGACACAGAAUACGAAAUGCGCAGUAAGCACGAUACAGGAUUCGGGGCGACCAAACACAGGUCCGGUCGCCGCCGCUCCGCACACUUGUAGAAAGCAAAAGUUGAGCCUGACAGUUCCCCCACAUGGCUACGAAUUGAACAACUUGGACAACGAUACAUUGGACGCACCCAAUUUGUACCAGGAGAACAUGAGCAAGCAAAGGUACGCGGAGUUCCCAGCGGAAUCACUCGAGCCGGUUUCGAUGCCCGUCAUCUCGGAAGAAGCGCGAUUCCAACACACCAAUCCCGCCUACCAGAGCGCUGUGUUACACGGCGCAGACACCGUAACUAGCGAAGGUCUUAACGAUGAUGGAAAAGGACUACAUAAAUGGAAAGGCGUGGCGCUCUCGCCUGAUAACGAGAGGAAAGUGAAGACAGAAUCAAUUCAAAAUCAACGCAAACCUCCGAUUGUAAUCGAUGCCGCCCAGAAAGAAAACGUAAAACCCGAGACCACAAAUGACGUCACAAACACAGAACCCACGAUAGUGACUGUUGAACUAAACCGAGGCUGGAACAGUAGACUCGGCUUCAGCGUGCAGAGCCAUCCUGAAUCCGGACAGAGCUACAUCUCCGCUGUUUACAACGACAGCGUGGCCGCCAGGGACGGCCGCCUUCAGCGUGGAGACGUUAUAUUACAGGUUAACGAUGAAAACGUUACAUCAAUGAAAACGCCGGAAGUAAUCGAUUUGCUGAGAAUCCUCCGCGGAUCUAUCUGCAUUACAGUUUUGCGGCCACCUAACCCGUAAUAUUGGCUGACUUUUUAUUGCAAAUAGGAAAACUUCUUGGAAUGGAAAACUCACACAUUUUGCUGAAAAUCUUUAUAAAAACUAGCAAACAUUAUCUAUAUAUUCUAAAUAGUCAGUUCUAAGUUAAUCGGGGCAGUUAUUACUAAAAUUCACCUUAGCGAAUGCAAAUACGUAUCAAAACAGUGUUGAAAUUUUAAAGUAUAAUAAUAAAAUAAAUAUAUAUGAGAACUACACUGACAGUUCCUAAAAAAAAACUAUGUAUAAAAUAAGAACAACAAAAUAAUUAAAUUAUUAAGAGUAGUUACUUACUGCGAUAUAAAAUCUUGUGGAAUUGAUCUCUAUUUGCAAAUCUUAUAGAAUUCGUAAUAAGUUUUACAAUUGAAGACAUGAGUGGAUGAAGGGGUUAAGUACCAUUUUUAAGAUUUUUGAGUUUUUACAUUGUAUGAAGGUGUUAUGUGCCUAUAAACUAUAUUAGACCUUAAAACCCCGGGUUUAAAGGUUAUUUUUAGAAAAUACAUGUGAUGGAGUUGUGUACGAAGAAAAAGUACAAGUAAGAGAAGUUGUCCGUUUUCUCAAAAUUAAAAAAUUGUAUCAUAGCCCCUUCAUCCACUCAUGUCUUCAAUUGAAUAUGCAAUUUCGAAAAGGGCACAUGUCGCAUAUUUUCUCAAAUACGUUUUUUCAUAUUCAUGUAGUUUUGAGGGUUACCUACACCCAUUUUAUAAUAAUUCCAGUAAUUUUUGAUUGCUAAUUAACACUGAAAUAUAUCUCAAAAGUUAAUAUUUUAAAUUUUACACUGCUUUAGAAAAUAAUCAUUUUUUUUUUUCAUUUCCUGCACAUUUUACAUUUUCAGAAAUGUGUCCUUUUCGAAAUUGCAUAUUCAAUUAUUAUCAACAAUAAACUAAAAUAGAGGAAACAAAAAGUAGUCAUAGCGACUUCACCCUUACUUUUAGUAGAUAAUCGAUUACUGAUACUGUAUGGAGAUAAAAUGUAUCGAUUAUAAGUAGAAUUUCAAUUUCGGGCAUUUAGCUCUGGAAUUCUAGAAGAGUGAAAGGUUAAACCUGUAAGAAAUAUUUUGUGUGGCCUGUAUGUAAUUUUGCCAUGUAAUUUUAUCUCGUUUCUAAUCUUGACUCGUAUUAUGUAUUAUUUUGUAAUAUAAUAAUAUUAUAAAAUCAUAAAAUAUAUAGCAUUCCACGAUGAUUCAUGUAUAUAGUGUAAAAUGAAUAUACUUCACUGCUGUUCGUAAAUCGAGUUUUAAAAAUAUCGCGAAUGAGAUCGAAAAGAUUUGCUGAUGAUUAAGGAAAAAUGGGCUGUAAAUUUAUUGUUCAAUCAUUAGAAUACCACGUACGUUCAACUGCAGAAUUGUAUGGGUACCUUAAGUUCUAUAUUCCUGUGAACACUAAAAUCCAAGUUAGCGAAAAUGAACUGGAUUGGUUGUAAGUAACCCGGCCUAAAUCUAGUUGCAUUUUACCUAACUACCUAAGUUACAUUCUAAAUAAUGAAAACGUUUACUGAACUCGUCAACUCCAUGCCUUUUAUUGUCAGUUCCAUACGAUUUUUUUAAUCUACGAACCCUGCACUUUUGCAGUCCACUGUACAUAAAAAAGUAUUAGUAUAAAAACAAAAAAAAAAUCGUAAUAGAAAAGUAGACUUUAGUCAGUUUAUAAUUAGGACGAAAAUUCGUCUGCGACCAAAAAGACCGUAAUGAAUUGGUACGUAUAUUGAAACGUAUAUUGAACAAUUUCGUUUGACGCUAACAGUCUACUGCACUAGAGUAAAUAUUAUAGGAACAUAAACACACAAAGAUACAAAUAUAAAUCGGCCUUAAGUUCACAAAGCAACUUUUGUAUGGUUAUCGAAUCGAAUUGUAAAAAUAUUUUUAGAAUCUACGAUAAUUAUAUAAUGUUAAAAAAUACAUGUUUAUUUACAACAACAAAAUAAAAACAACUAUGUUUUUGAUUGUGUAGGCACUAAUUUAUAAAUUCUAGUCAAAUUUAUGUAACGAACACACAGUUAGCUUUUGAAAAUAUUUAAUGAAUACACACGUAAAAACGUGAUAUUUUUAAUUUUUUUAAUAGUAUUCAUAGAGACGUCGCCAUUACGUAUUUGACUUCUCAUAUGACGCUUCUUUGUUAAAAACUUUAAAGAUUUAUGGACAAAGAAAGUUUAAUGAAUUAUAAACGAAAACUAAGAGAUAUAGUUGUUAAGAUAAAAUCAUUAAAAUAUAUUACGUAUUAAAGUAACCUGAACGAAUCAAACAACUGAUAUUCUAAAAAUAUUGUGAUGGAAUUGCGUUAGUUAAAAAAACUGUGUUAAAAUACAUUAUAGGUUAGAUAAAUAGAAUCGUGUCUCUUGCCGUGUAUUUAGUCGUUUAAAAUUAUUAAAUAUAAUAUUAGCGAUGCGUAACACAUAAUCGGCACAGCUUUCCCUAUUUCAAUUUAAAUAUAGUGGGUUCGUUGAGCAUAAUGGAAAUUGGGCACAUUUGGCUGAGCUGCUGAGCUGGCUGAGCCCAUGCUCGCCCACUUGUCCUGGUGAAUCUGAAAAGGCCUCCGAACCAUGAGUAAUUCCUCCCGCCCUAAAAAAAAGUACACUUUUUACUGAAAAAUUCGAAGUUGAAAAAUCUUCACGAAAACAGUUGUUCUGUUUUUUCUUUCUGGAAUAUUCAGCAAUAAAACUUGUUAUACAUCUUAGGAAAUUAUUGGCGUCACAAACUACCAGCAGAUAGUCUAACGAUCAUCAGCUGAUUUCUUGACCUAUCAUGAACUAAUUAAAUAAACAAAGUUUGUAUAUAGGUUUUUCUUUAGCUUUUAUUAAAAAUUACUUGUUUUGCAUCGAAUUCUCUGGAAAGGUCCCUGCGGAAUAAAAACUACAGAACCCGCGGCUUUUUCACAUCACGCCAUUAGUGGUGCAGUAAAUACGCAAUUUAUAAAUCAUCAAAACAAUUAGUAUAAUAUCGUCUUCGCUAAUAAUUGUAAUUUUCUUCAGUAUGAAAUACUUUAGAUUCACUAUGUAGUUACGGGAAACUGUUUAUUACUGCUCCCGACAAGUAAUGAAAAAAAUGAAUUGAUUAAUAAUUGAUUUUAAAUAUAUACAAUUGAUAUUAAAAAUUAUGUCACUUUAAUUUCUUCGAAUGUAAUUUAUCUCUCAUUUGCUGUGAUCAAUGCUAGAAUUACUGGAAAUGCUCUAUUAUGAGAAUUAACUGGACUUUUAAUAAAUUGCUCAAAUAGAUUACAUUUUACUGUAUUGGAAAUAUUGUUUUAAUACCGACGUAAAAGCUACAGGUGUACUUCGAAAUGUGUCCCUAGUAAAAAAAGUCCGGUCUCGUUACAGAUAUACUAAAGUAUCAGAUAAAAAAAAAACAAAAGCAAAUUCGAUUAACUCCUUAAAGCCUUCGUCAAACAGAACGCGUACUGAGCUAUAGCGCUGGCGCUCUGUUUGACGGUAUGUUACCGUAGUAGUACAACACAUCUCGGCGUCAUAGCGCGGCGUUAGUUUAGCGCUCUGACGCGUGCUAAGUACGCGUUCUGUUUGACGAAGGCUUUAAUGUAGAUAUUCAACACAAAAUUUGAAAAAUAUUUUUGAUGAGUCCAUCGUCAGGUUAAUGAGGAAACUGAAUGUACGCUUAUUUUUUUUUCUUUCAUGAAGCUAUUGUAUGUGAAUUUGUUUGAAUCUUCGGUGUAUUAUUCUGUUUGAGUAUUCGAUAAAACUGACAUGAAAUGUUAAAGGAAUGUAUAAUAUGAUUCAAGUUAAUACAAAUAAAAAUAUGAUUAUUGAA